AUGAAAGAUCAACCAUAUCAAAGAUCAGAAAAACAAAUAGAAAAUGAUAAGUUUUUGAUUUUCAAUAUACCUUUUAAUAGAUGGAUUCUCUUUCCUUGUGCAUUCUUGGUACAAAGUUCUUUGGGUUCAAUUAAUAGUUGGUCUGUUUUCAAUAAACCUAUUGAUUCCUAUAUCUAUGGUGACCAAAACAAAGGAAGAGUACCAAAUGGGAUGGAUGCUAUUUUCUUUCUUUUAGCUGGUCCUUUUUUAGAGAGAAACGGACCAACUAAAGGUAUAAUAGUUGGUGGAAUCUGUUUAGCUAUUGGUCAUUACUUGGCCGCUAUUGCUGUGAAUACAAAGCAGAUACUCAUUUUAUACUUUGGUUAUAGUUUUUUUUCUGCUGUUGGCAAUGCUAUUAUAUAUUUAUCACCUAUUUCCACACUUAUAAAGUGGUUCCCAGACAAUAGAGGUCUGGCAUCAGGAGUUGCUGUUUGCAGCGUGAGUGCAGGUAACAUUUUAAUUGCACAAGCCGUUCUACCAAUGGUCCAUGCUUUUGGACUUAUAUAUACAUUCAUUGUCCUCGGUAGUGUCUUUAGAGGUGUUCUGCUGGCUCUAUCAUUGGUAUAUAGACUUCCUCCGCCUUGUGACAAAGAAAAAGCACCUGAAGUGAUCGAUUCGAUCGAUAUUAAGAGUAGUGGAUCUGAACUUAAGACUGUUAAAAGUGAAACUUUGCAAAAUGAAGAAAUAGUACUAAAAGAACCGAAUCCAUCGAAUGUAUCCUUUUUCCAAGCAUUGUUUAGCAAUGAGUUUAGAAUGAUUCUAAUUAUCUUCGUUGCCAAUGAAAUGUCAGAACAUAUCUUUAAUUCUCAUCUUUCUAAUAUGGUGCAAGACAUCUAUGGAAAAAAUCCGAAAACAGCAACGAUGGUUGUUACUAUCAACGCUGCAUUCAAUCUUUUUGGAAGAUGCUUUAUUGGCUUUCUCUCUGAAAGGAUAGGAAGAAAAAGAACAUUCAAUUUACUGCUGUCACUCUCUCUAGUGUGCUUUUUAACUAUGACUCAUUUUAUUAAUAAUGGAAACUACAAUGGUUUUAUUGCCUUUACAUGGAUAUACUCAAUUUCUUACGGUGGCGGUUUUGGUACAUUGCCAGCUUUCCUAAGUGAAAUCUUUCGAAACAAAAACAUUGCUCCUACACAUGGAGUCUGUAUGGCAACAUGGAAUCUAUCUGGACUCAUAGGUGGUUUUGUGUUUACAGGUAUCUACGAUUCACUUAGAGACAAAGGUCAUUCAAUUAGUGAUCCAAUCCUCUACAAUACCAAUUUAUAUUGGUUAUCAGCAAUUGUUGCGUUUGGAUUGGUUGUAUCAUUUUUAAUUCCGGUGACAGUCAGAGAUAGAAAGUAUCCGGCGGUACCCAAACAAAUUUUAAAAAAAAGAUUGUUUGGUAGAAUCAUACGAGUUAUCAAGAGAAAAAGAAAUCCAAUUGAAAUCGUCAGCAAAGAAAAAGAAAAUGAGGAAUGGAAUAACUAUUUCAUUCAACAUAAUGAAACUUUAAACGUAUCAAUUAAAGCAAAGUAG